AUGCCCGAGAUUGCCAAGCUGACUGGUCGCAUCCAGGUUAAAUGUAAUGGCGCUAGUCCAUCGUGUUCGCGGUGCGCCGCCCGCGGCGAGCAGUGUGUGUACAGCCUAGCCCCGACGUUAUCGUACACGAAACAACUGGAAGCCAGAGUUGCGCAGUUGGAAAAAGCUUUAUCGAAGCGGGGGGAGGGGGAAGAAGCACAGAAAGCAAGAUCGCCAUCGUCGGUGGCCGAGUCUAGUUCGAGCGCACCGAAGAUAAAGAUUGAUCCCGAUACUGAAGAACUCGCGAGGGAGUUUGACGGUCUCAAUGUGGAGAAUGACGGUCGCGUCUCUUUCCACGGACCGACGAGCUUGUUUCAGCUGCCCAGUGGAGUGGUAAAUGAAACGACGUCGAAUUCGCAUUACGCGCAAGAAUUGGAAGGUCGCAAGGAGCGGCUCAUUAAUAGCGCAUGGCGGGAGAGGGCGUUCGAGCAGAUGGCUGCUAUGCCGGAGCCUUUUCAAUACCUUCUUGAUUCGCACUGGUGCUGGAUCCAGCCGCUAUGGAAUUUUGUCUAUCGUCCUGCAUUUACACGUGAUAUGAAAAUUCAAGGGACUUAUUAUUCCGAUGUCUUGUUAAACGCCAUUCUUUCUCACUCGGUACGGUGGUGCAAAGCGGAGCCUCAGGUCGGCCCACUUUUGGGCUCCUACGAUGGUGGUGCACAAUUCUCCCAUCGCGCAUUGACUGGGGUAUUUGAGUCUCUCAAAGUUGGCUAUGCAGGCAUUCCUACUAUUCAGACAUUACUCCUGCUCAGUGCCCAAGAAUGUGGCCGCGGAAACCGGACGCAAGCUUGGCUAUACAGUGGCAUGGCCUUUCGGUUGCUAGACGACUUGGGAAUCUCAAUUGACAGUCGGAAAUAUUCCGGGUCAGCUCAGUUGAGCGAUGAAGAUAUCGAAAUACGAAACCGUUUAUUUUGGAGUUGUUACUUCUGGGAUAAGCUGAUCUCAUUAUACUUUGGUCGUGCCCCAACCAUGCAGCACUCCCAUGUCAGUCCACCGCGGAUGAUUCUUGAUGACACUGCUGAGAUCGAAAUAUGGACACCUCACGGUGUGAACUUCACUGACGGUGCUCACUACCCGCCCACGCAGGCUCAUUCAACGUCUUGUUUCAUGAAGAUGUGCGGUCUGGCAGAGGUUUUGAACCAGAUUCUAAUCCACAUCUACGACCCAAUCCGCCGAAGUUCGGACUCGGAAUUCUAUGAUUGUGUUCAGGAGCAGGCCAAGAAUCUAGGUGACUGGUGGGACGAGCUACCGGAUUAUCUGAAGUUGGCUGCAACAGAUCUUCCUCCAUACUCCCCACCGAGCCAUAUCGUGAUUCUGAAUUGUUACUAUCAUACUAUUAACAUCCUUGUCCAUCGACCAAUUCUUUGCUCUCGGGAGAGGCUCAAACCCCACCCCGAGGGACAUGACUCCAACCAUCUUGUACAGUGCAUGGCAUCAGCAACAUCCAUCCUAUCUCUGUUCGAUCUCUACCGCCGCACAUUCGGCGACAGCCAUGUCGUUCUUUCUCUGGCAUACAGCCUCUAUACUGCAGCAUCCAUCUUCCUGCUCGAGAUCCAAGCCUUGAAGUAUGCCGCACCUGGAACACUAGACAAACUCAAGUUCUGCAUAUUCGCUUUGGAGAGAGUCAAAGCUGCCAACCCCGUUAUUACAACGGCCCUCAGCCUGAUUUCCCUGGAGCUUCAAAAGCUCCAAAUCGACAUCCACAUGCCUAUCCCCGAGACAGAUCAAGAACGCCACCCUCAUAACAGUCAACCACUUCCCCAACCUCAUCCUUACCCCAACCAUUCUCAAUCCAGUCAGUCGCCAUCAGGAGGUAGCAACCCAUCCCGCCAUGUCUCACCAUCCCAGCACCACCACCAACCCCAACCACCGAUGGACACGCAUGUCCAAACUACCGGCCUCGAAGACACACCAUUGAUGCAAACGUACAACAAUUUCCAGCACCCAGGAGUCGGUUUCAACAUCCCCAACUCGGCUGAAGUUCCGCAAUUGCCACCUACUCAUCUGCUGGGUGGCAUGCCAAACGCUGUGAUGACGAUGAAUGACCCAGGAUCGUAUGAAAUAACGCCUGAGGUGUACGAGGCAUUCUCGUAUACGCAUCCCAUAACAACGAACAUGACGCCUGCCUUUGAGCAGGGCUGGGGUAGCAAACAUACCUACAGUUAA